AUGGAUUUUGAAAAGAACAGUGAUGUUAAACGCAAAAGAAAAUGCUUCAAUCAGACCUUGCAUCUUUUUUCUUAUUCUGAGGAAGCUGAGCACACGCUCGUCAGAGAUGUUGCAGCAGGAGCCAACUGCUCUGGUUUUGGCCAGUCACAUUCUGUCAGCAUUUCAGAAUUAAAGUUGUCAGAGGAAAGCUUACCUUAUUUAAAUUCAUCUUUAGAUGCAGAUAUUGAAAUGCAUAAUAAAAAGGGAAUGAGCAUUUGCUGCGCAUGGGUAGAAGAAAGCAAGAAAGAAGCCGAUAUGCUGGGAAGCGGAUGUAACAAUACGCACUCUAAUUGUGGGGUGUGUGAUGAUUGCAGACGAAGCCAUUUAGGUGAAGAUUCACAGCUGGAGUACCUCAGUGCUCACGAACAUGAUUUUGAUGAUAGGAAUAGCUUGUGUGAGUUUUCAGAGCAAAAGGAAAUGAUAGGAAUCGAAACCUUGAAGCUGAUAGAUCCAGUUCAUGAAGUUCCAGGGGGUGGAGUUGCAAAGGAACAACAUCUUGUUGGCGUGUCAGAAGGUUGUUCUCCUGUUUCUGAGUGUGGCGUAGGUGACCAAACCUGCCCAGAAGCAGCUAUGGCAGAGCUUCCCCAUCUGCUUCAGGACACUUUGUCUCUGCCAGAUUGCAAUGGCAUGACUUGUGAUCAUCAGGAAGAGCAAACUGAGUAUCAUAGUGUUGUCUGUGGAAGUAGACAUGAAAGUCAUUUUUGUGGGAGUAAAGAAAGGAUCUGUCCAAAUCUGCUUGUGUGUGAUGGUUUAGAAAAUGGAGAGGUGAAAGACACCCAACUGAUUAAUAGCACCCUGACGCCCAAAACGGCUGCAAGUGAAGAAUCGUCUCAAAAGAAUGACAGACACGUUCACAGCGUGUCAGUGAAGCGAGACAGUCCUUUGCUGGCACACAGGGAAGGGGCCCCUGCAGCAGCCAUGCAGUUUGGCGAAUAUGCAGGGGACUCCAGUUUAUACAGUUGUGAAGAAUCUGGUGCGUUUGCACGUGCUGCCAGCUGCACUGACUGCACUGCAGAGGAUGCUGAAACCCAAUUUCCAGCCUCAGAAAUUCUCACCAGCAAGAAUCCCUUUUUUGAGGUAGGAGUUGCAGAUAAAUCCUCACGUGGAAAGACCAGCUGUCCAAACUCAGAGCUGGAGCAUCAUGAAACCUUCAAAAGGGUUGCCAGCUACUCCACAGUUAACCAGGCUGUCGAUGCGAGUUCUGAUUUUAGAGCUUGCUUUACAACAAGCAGAAGCACCAGUGCUCAGGUUUGUCUCUUGUCCAGGGCUAUUAAUACAGAGAUAACAAUGAUGAACAAAUCUCGACCCGUGGGGUGGCACCGUGAAACCUGUGCAGAUGUUGCUUGCAAUACUGACUGGUCGUGUGGAGCUGGUAGUACGGAGGAAAUUUGUUCACACCUUACUGACACACUGGAAAAACACUCAGAUGGCAAUACUGCAACAGCUGAAAGAAGUUCACAAAUUCAGGAACAGCGGGAAUCAAAAAAUGAGCUUUGUAGCAGCAAUUUAAAGAUAAGUACUGACAGGCCGGAACACCUUGAGAAACAAGCUGUGAAGAAUUCUGUAUCAAGCUACUGUCAGAAAAUCCUGCAGAGAGCAAUUGAAGCAGAAUUGCAGAUUCUUAACACUCAUUAUCACAUGUGCUAUCAGCACUGCUUGAAGAUUUACAAACUGGUUUUGGAGGAAAACACGUGUUUUAGCAGGUGUAAUGGAAACACUGAAAUAGGUUCGUCUCUCAUGUUGGUUUUGGAAGAGCUAAAAAAGAAUUACAACAGUAUGAGAAUGAAAAUAAAAAUGGGCGUACCUUUAAAUGCACUUCCACCACUAUCAGUUGAGAUUAAGUUGUUCCGAAUCACCUCUUCUUAUGUCCCGUGCAAGUUGUUUAAAGAGGAUCUUUGCUAUGAGCAGAUGUAUGCUACUGCAUGUUCAAGAACCAUGUCCAGUUACUUUGUUUCUGUUUCAGGUACAAGAAAAGCUGACUCUGAAGCACCAAAACUGCAAGAAAGCAAAACUUCUUUCAACAUGGACAAUCCAGAGACCGUUUGUUUAACGGGUGGCGGGCAGCCAAGUGACUCUACUUCCUCCAAAACACUUGAAGAGCAACAUACAGAUGAGGAUGUGGAAUGUGGCUGUGUGAAAAAUGAAGAAGGGAAUGAAUAUUGGUUUGAUGCUAAGGAGGACUUGACGGUAGCAGAUAUUUCAGUAAUACCUGAAGAAACAAAAAAGCAAGAAGAAAAACAAGACAUGGUUGAUUUAAGAGAAGCGAAGGUAAUGGUGACUGGAAAUGAGUGUUCUUUUGUUCGCGUUGGUGGCCUAAGUUCCUCGGUGUCUGAGGGUGAUUUAUUAUCGCAUUUCCAGAAGUAUCAGAUUUCUGACAUUGUUACCUGUAUGGAUUCUGGUAACUCCAGAUAUGCAUUUCUUUGCUUUAAGGAGACUAAUAGAGCAAAGUUAGCUGUAGAGGAAAUGGACCAGAAAAAAAUAAAAGGAAAACCAGUAAGUGCUGAACUUGUAAAUAAUUCAUCAGAGAACAAAUCUUUGGCUUCCCAAAUACUUAGAAAUAAGCUUUGGCAUGAAAUCCAACCUGUUGAUAACAGUCAAAGAAAUGAUCAAGAUAAAACGCUUACUUCGGCAUCUAAUUCUGUGAAAGCACCUGAUGCCAUCUCUGCUUCUGAGAAAAUGCGUCUCCUUCCCUUAACUUCUUCAAACGUUUCUUGCUCUACACAAGUACCUUCGGAAACAAAGUGCCCUGGUCUGAAAUCAUCUACUGAAGAUUCAAUACAUCUUUUGCUUCAAGCUAAUCAAAAGGAUACUCCACCCGUGACAGAUACUGGAGACAAUUUCCUGCCCAAAACAUCUGCUUCUUUCUCCACUAAUUCAUAUGAUGCCUUUAUUUCUCCGAAUACGUUGAACUUGAGCAGCUUUACCAAAUUAAUGAAGAAACUUCAAGAAAUUCAUCCAGAAGCUAGCAGAGACAGAAUUGUGGAUGCUUUGCUGGAGGUGAGGAAAAAUAACAAAGGUAUCCUAAGUGGCUUGUCCAUCAACUCAAUUGUGAAGAGGACUUCUGUAAUUCUAAAGAAAUCGACCCCCAAUUGUGGGUGAGAAAAGCAAUGUAAAUAAAUGGCUUUCUGAUUAUGAAGAAUCGAUCAUCUCCCUCUGGAAGAUUUUUUGCAAAUUCUAUACUCCAGCUUGUUCCGAGAUCAUACCGCGUUUCUUGUUUGAUUUUAUUUCAGCAAAUCUUAAUGAAAACUCAAGUAGCAUCGCUGUGUGAUAAGCACUCUUAGCCAAGAGAAUAUAACCUGAAGGUCAGUUUGGGGUGUUUUUCUGUUUAUGCAGCUAUUAAAUGAUUCUUCCCAGUUUUGUUGUUCUCCGUAGUUGGUUCAAGCAUUUCAGGAGGUUACUUUAAGGUAGAAAAAUCACAUUUUGGUGAAGCAAGACUUCUCCAAUACCAGCAGGGCUUUUCUAGG